CUUUGACUUUUAGGUUAAACAAGUCAACUAUUAACUCCAUACUGAUUUGAAAUCUUAAACUUCUAACAAAAAUUUAAAACGUCUAUUAAUUUUUUAUAACCAGUGUUGCAGUUAAAAACCGAGGCGCCAAGUGAAAAGCGCAAAAGCGGUGGGCUUUUCGUACCCGAGGCGCAAGCUAAUUAUAUAUAUUUUUCUAUAUAUUCCAUACGUUUUUAGCUUUUUAACUAAUACCCAAUGUCGUCGACAUACGCCUUUCCUUCUUUAAUCAACUUUUCCGCCAUUUCGAUUAGUUGCUGGAAGUGUAUGUAACUUUUUCGUAACUAAUACCCAAUGUCUUGAUAUCUAUCAACAGAUUAUCCACAAAGAUGAAUUAUUUAGCAUUUAAGGUACUAAACGAAAAGAUUAACAAACGACUAAAGGUAGCAAUUUUGACCCGUUUGCUGAUGAAAAUGAUCCAUCUGGUCUCAGGCACAUUAUUCCCUACAUAAACUUGAUGCAUGCCACAUUGUGCUUCGUUGUGCAUCAGGCACGAGAUGUCUCAGCUACAUUGGUUCUCACCAAUGAAAUGGAGGAAAAUAAGACGUAUUUCGGCUCCUCACGUCCAUAAACACCUGAAACGUCUUGAAGAAAUGAGUGGAUACUAUGGUCGAAUCAGUGACCUUGAGCUUGCUGUGUAUGUCAUAGACAAUGCUGCUGCACUCAAGAAAAUCGUCAUAGAUCCUUGCUGUCAGGCGUUUGGGGGACGUUUAAGUAAAGAGGACUGUUUGAAGAGACUGCCAGCUGCUCGAUCUUCCGCCAACCACUAGCUUACACCACUAUUGCCUCCAGGUGUGGAUAUGGCGAUACUCUAAUUCGCCACUUAAGUACAGGAGUUACUGUUGCAUGAUGUGUUAUGUCGAAAAUGAGAGCCAGGUACAUCUUGUACUGCUUGAUUGCUCUGAUUUAUCCCUCUUAAAAAGUUCCUGCUUCUAUUUACAUGUAUAAACUAUUGUAGAAGCUUGUUAAUGCUUUUAGAUCUGUUCAAAGAAUGUCUACAAAGAAAUCAGAAUGUAUUAUUAAAUGAAUUGGAACAGUCAUGUUA